UGUGUUCAGCGUGGUAAAUAAUCUUUUGAUACUUGACUAGGUUAAAAGUGGUUUUCAAUGUGCUUGUUGAAAUUUGUGCAAAUUUAGUUAUGAAGAUGGCGAAAAGACUUCAAGAAUAUGUGAAAUACACCAUAAAGGAGCUGGAAUCCUACACAAAACAAGAGGGGUCAUGUGUGCGGAAAAUUAAUUCCAGCCUACAUAUAUCGUUAGGGCCGUAUUGUUUGGCCGAUUUCAAACAUGCGCUCAGCGCUCAUAUAAUGCGAAAGAAAGUUGGUUACUUUGAUGCCAGACUCGAAGGCAUUGUUCUGGAUAUAAAGAACAUCAAAGUUCUGGGAAUGGCUGCCGCGUUAAGAUCUGAUGAUCCAUCUAUGCAUGUCGAUGUUAAUGCCGAUUGCUAUGUAUUCAGACCCGUUGCUGGUGCGAUCUUGAGCGGCGUGGUGAAGCAUGUUGGUAAUCAUCAUAUCGGUGUAAUCAUUUACAGAGUAUUCAAUGUGAGCAUCAGAUUUGCAGCAAAGAUUAAUAAGGACGAGUUCAAAAUGGAUGAUACGUUGCGAUUCCGUAUAAAAAAUUUCAACCUGCAACAUGUAUUCCCCUACAUUGAAGGUGAUCUUGUGACGGAAAGUGGAGUUAAAAUUGUUGAUAAAUUUAUAAAAGUGGAACCAGAAAGCGCCAAUGCCAAUUUGGACUCGGGCAUAGAAGAGCAUGAAAAUCACGAACUGGACGAACUUGUUACAUUGAUUAAGCAAGAAAAUGUAUCGGAGGACGAGGGGAAGGCUUUGAAAGCAAACAAGAAAAAAGAUAAAAGUGCUGCCAUCAAACGAAAACCUAAAGCCAGUGCCAACGAAGUAUCGUUCAACGAGCCACUGCCGGUUAAAAAAGAAAUAAGCCCGGAAAAAAAGAAACGUAAAAGCGCCAAUAGUGAAGAAUUGAAUGUUUCGCAAACUGAAAAGGUUUCUGGUAAAAAUAAAAAGCCUAAAACUACCAGCGAAAUAUUAGCCGCUACACAAAUUAAAAAGGAGGAUGAAAAAGACAAACGCAAAACUAUUGACAGUGAACAAUCAAAUGGUUUUCAAACUGAUGAAAUUUCUGCUAAAAGCAAAAAGCAUAAAGCUACUAACGAAAUAUUAAAUGCAACACAAAUCAAAACGGAAGCUGAAGAAGAAGUAACUGCUACACCUGCCAAAAGACGAAGGUCAAAAGCGAAUAGUAUAGGAGGGGAAAACUAGGAGUUUUAGUAAUAUUAAUUUUGACGUCAGACUGGCAGUGUUUUAUGCUGCUAUAACAACGAGGCAAAAAAUUGGUUUUAAAGUGUAGAUAGAGUAAAUGAAAUUGUUAUUAAUUUUAAUAACACCUUCGAAAAUA